AUGUCUGGUAAGCGAAUUAAAUUAAGUGGUGCAGCUUACCAAAAAGCAGCAAAAGAAAAAAAGAAAAAUAACGAAGAACUACUUCAGAAAAUUCCAAAAGUUCAUUCUUUUUUCCCUACUAGAAUUGUAAGAAGUCCGGAAUCGAUUCCCACAGAGGAAUAUUCUCAAUCUAAAACGUGUUUACCAACUGAUAUUUCUAAAAUUGAAAUACCAUUGAAUACAACCGAUGAAACGAAAGCAAAAAUCACUGUUUAUGAUUUUAAUGACCAAUCACAAAUUCCCGGACCCGAUCCAGUAAAAUGGAACUUAAAUUUAGAUUCCAUUGAUUUCUUACUUGCGAAUCCUCCGAAGAUAGAUUUAUCAACUAUACCAUUUGCAGAAACAAAACGAAUGUUUGGUAAUAUAAGUAGAAGUCUAACUCCUGAUAAUUUUAUGAGAAAACUUCAGAAUGGUGAAAAGAAACUAAGAGAAUGGGUUUUAUAUUCUCCUUCAAAAAACGCGUUAUUUUGUUUCCAGUGCUUGCUUUUCUCGCCUAAACCAACUGUUUUCGGAAAUAAAAACGAAGGUUUUAUAAACUGGAAAAAAUGUAAUGAAUCUCUACAAGAACAUGAGACUAGUAAAACUCAUGCUGAAUCAGUUAGAAUCUGGUUUUCUAGAAUCAAGAAAGACCCAUCUAGAGGCUUAGCUUUUAGAGGAAAUAGUAAUAACUUUGGUUCAAAACAAAACGGAAACUAUCUUGGUUGCCUGGAACUAGUGGCUAAAUUCGAUCCUUUUUUGUCUGCACAUAUAGCUAAUUAUGGAAAUAAAGGAAAGGGGAACGUGUCAUACUUAUCUUCCAAUAUAUGUGAUGAGUUUAUAUCUUUAAUGAGUGAUACUGUAAUAGAUAAAAUUGUGUCCGAAAUUAAAGAGAGAAAAUAUUUUUCACUUAUAGUUGACUCGACUCCUGAUGUAACAACACGAGAUCAACUCACAGUCGCCGUAAGAUAUAUUUCAAAUGAAGGUUCACCGGUGGAACGUUUUCUUGGUUUUAUUCCCUCCGUUGGACAUAAAGGAUCGGAAAUGGAGCAAGCAUUACUUAAAAAAUUUUGUGAACUUAAUAUAGAUUUGAAGUUUUGUAGAGGACAAUCAUACGAUAAUGCGUCUAAUAUGUCUGGUGUUUAUAACGGAUUACAGACUCGAAUUAAAAACUAUUCGUCGACAGCCUUUUUUGUGCCAUGUUCAGCACAUUCUUUGAAUUUAAUUGGUUCCAAUGCUGCAGAUACAACUCAAGAAGGCACAACAUUUUUUUUUAUAUGUCAAGCAAUCUAUAAUUUCUUUUCUGUUUCAACAUUCAGAUGGAAUAUUUUGACUAAUAUUAUCGAAAAUAAUCCAGGUUGUGUCAAAAUAAAAAAACUAUGUUCAACUCGUUGGUCAUCCAGGUACGAUGUAUGUAAAGCAAUGUUUAAUGGUUAUGCACAAGUACUCAGUGCUUUAACUACUAUUUGUGAUGACGAAGGACAAAAAAAAGAUACAAGACACGAAGCUC